AUGCUUUCUCACCCAAUGAUUAUGGCAGAUUUUGAUGUGUUAUGCGGUACUGAAGAUGAAGUGAAAAAGUGCGAAGCGGGAAAUAUUCGGAACAAGAACGGUAAUCAUCACAUCGUCACAACCCCACCUGAAAAAUGGAAUUAUGACGAUGUUGCUGCAUGGCUUAAUGAACAGGGUUUUGAGAAAUAUGCUAAUAUCAUCGCUUACAGACAUAAGAUUGAUGGUCGUACAUUACUUAUGCUAACAGAAGUCGAUUUACGCGAGAAACCAUUGAAAUUGGAUUGCCUUGGUGAUAUUAAGCGCAUUGCCUUAGCUGUUUCGAGGCUAAGAACUGAUUUGGCGUCUUUAGAAGCGGUGUUGAAACAAUCAAAACGACAUGAGUGUGGUUAUAAUGCGAACGAUCAGGAUAGGGUGGAUACGUCAAAGCUGCAGUUGGCCGUUGCAAGCACGAGGAAUCAAAUAUCAUUUCCUGGUAAUGAUCCCUUACUAAUUGAUUCGAGUGAUCUUAAGAAUUAUGAAGAUCGAUUGGUGCCUACUGCGGGCCCCUAUCCAAAAAUUUUGUCUAAAACAAGGCAAGAUUUGCUAUAUUGUUGCACUACAUACAUUUUUAUUACUCUCUGUGAUGAUUAUGAAACUGCACAGUGUAUAGCUGCAAAUUCGUUAGAUGAGGGGAGAUUAAAACAAAUGCAUCUUCUGAGCAGGGAAGAUUUGAUACGACAGGUGGAAAGCCCCGACACAAAAUUCAAAUCCUUCAUAAAAUUAACUAUUGCUUUUUGUUAUUGUACGUCUUCUUUAUUAAUUACUGCUUUUGUAAUGGUUCUUGUACAUGAUCGUGUACCAGAUAUGAAAACAUAUCCACCUUUGCCAGAUAUCGUACUUGAUAACUUGCCGCUGAUACCAUGGGCUUUUCAAGUUUGUGAAGGAAUAGCAGUUUUUCUGGCAUUACUGUGGUUCACGAUUUUGUUCUUCCAUAAGCAUCGAGUCGUUAUAAUGCGACGUAUGUUCUCGUUGGUUGGAACUGUUUUUUUGUUGCGUUGUGUUACGAUGCUAAUCACAUCCCUAUCUGUUCCAGGUCCACAUUUGGAAUGUCGUUCACAGAGUUAUGGUACAUUCGUCGCAAGGCUUCAGCAAGCCUAUCAUAUCUGGUCACGAUUUGGUAUGUCAAUCCAUGGUGUGCGCUCGUGCGGUGAUUACAUGUUUAGUGGGCAUACAACAGCUAUGACAUUAUUAAACCAUUUCAUUACUGAAUACACACCAGAUUCAUGGCAUAUCUUACAUACAUUUACUUGGGUUUUAAAUCUGUUCGGCAUAUUUUUCAUUUUGGCUGGACACGAACACUACAGUAUUGAUGUAUUCAUCGCAUUCUGCAUCUCAUCUCGAAUGUUUUUAUAUUACCAUGCAUAUGCAUAUCAAUUUAGUUCAGCAAGAAGCGAUAAUCGAAUGAGAUUAUGGUUUCCGCUUGGCUGGUUUUUUGAAGCUGGUGGACAAGGCCGUGUUGCAAAUGAUUUUGACCUUCCCCUUUAUUUUCCUGUAAUAUCGUUUCCUUCAUUCCGGAGAAAUCUGUGUAUGAAAAGCAAGAAAAAAACAGAUUUGGAUAAAAAACCCCUACCAAAGCUUGUUAUAGAUACCUGUGGUAUUUCAACGGAUUGCAGCAAACAUCUUAAAAGACGCAGAAAUAAAAAAAAUGAAACUUCUCUGUGCGAAGGACACGUAACUUUUGGGAAAAUUUUUUCAUAG